AUGUUCUGCCAGCAGAACCAGCAGCAGUGCCAGCCCCCUCCCAAAUGUCCCGCCCCCAAGUGUUCCCCAAAGUGUCCCCCAGUCUCUUCCUGCUGCAGUGUCAGCUCUGGGGGCAGCUGUGGCUCCAGCUCUGGGAGUGGCAGUUGCUGUAGCUCUGGGGGUGGUGGCUGCUGCAGCUCUGGGGGUGGAGGCUGUUGCCUGAGCCACCAUGGGCGACUCAGGCCCCACCGUCAUAGAAACCAGAGCUCUGGCUGCUGCAGCCAGCCCUCAGGGGGAUUAGGAUGCUGCAGCCAGCCCUCAGGGGGUUCUGGCUGCUGUGGAGGGGGCAGCAGUCAGUCAUCUGGAGGCUGCUGCUGCUAA